AAAUGGCGGCUGAAUGGAAUUUAUGAGUUUGUUUUCGUUAGCAUUUCUUCAUUCUGUACUACUUGGAUUCCUUUUUUCGGGGAAAGGAGCACUGCAUGUUGUAGACGAGGCUAUUGAGACUUCCACUGUUCAGAAAUGAGGCUUAUUAUUCCAGUUUCUUUCAUAUUUUUUGAGCUUCAAGGAAAGGGAAGCCUGAUCAACAUUUCAGACGUGGAGAUUCAACCUUGUUGUCAAAUGCCGAGUUCUUCCGGGAUGUGGUAACGAAAUUCCCCGCAAUGUCAAUCGCGAAUAUUUGAUAUUAAAUUUAAGCAAUGGAAAAAGAAGCUAGUAAAGAGGAUAAAGAUAAGUGUACAGAAGCAGAGAUGGAGAAAUCUUUUGUAAACAACCAAGAUGUCAAAAUUGGAUCUGAAGGGACACGAAGUGGAUCCAGUCAAUCACAGCCUAAAAAUGACGUUCCUAACACAAAGCAGCCUAAAGUUUCUGAGGCGAUGAUUAAAGAUUUAGAAGAGCAGAACUUCAUAAAACUGGUAUCAAAAUUGAAGUGUCCUGAAAAAUAUGGAAACAAUCAGUUUUAUUGUGAAGUCUGCAAUAAUUUAGUGGAAAAGAUGCAGGAUGUGAAAAACCACAUAUCUGGCAAGGGACAUAGGAAGAAUAAAAAGACUAAAGGGCCAGUGUUAAUAAUGAAGAGAAUUGAUCAGCCCUCACCUAAACAUAUUGAAGCCUUGGAGACAAUGUUAGAGUCUGUGAUUCAAGAGUAUGGUCUAGACCCUGACAAAGACUUGAAUGUCAGAUUACAAGUUAAAGAUGAAAUACAAGAGAUUGUGCAGUCUCAUAUAUCAGGUAGCUACUUGACUCUCUAUGGAUCUUCACUAACAUGUUUUGGAUUCAAGACUAGUGAUGUUAACUUGGACCUGACUCUUCCUGAAGAAAUUACAGUACCUCAGGGCCUCAUCAAGCUGUUCGACAUCCUUGAAAAAAAUGAUCUAUGUAUUAAUGUUAAAGAUGAAUUUGAUUUGAAUGUGCCUCAAAUAUCUUUUAUCCAUAAAAAGACUGGUUUAACUUGCCAUCUCAGUUGUGGAAGUAAAAUGGUUUGUAAGACUUCUGAACUGCUAAAAAAAUAUGGAGAAAUCAACCCUGUUGUGAGGAAACUGGUUGUUGGUUUUAGGUUCUGGGCACAGUGCUGUUGCAUUGAUAAGACAUCAGAUGGUGGUCUAGCUCCAUAUUGCUUCGCUCUAAUGGUAAUACAGUUUCUUCAGUGCACAAAUCCACCCAUUUUACCAAGACUGAAUGUGCAAGCGGAAAUUACUGGUGAUCAACUUAAGUUCAAAACAUCAAAUACUGCUUCUCUGGGGUUAUUAUGGUUUAAGCUUUUCAGAUAUUACUGUGUAGAGUUUGAAAUAGAUGAGAAUGCYGUGUCUAUAAGAGUGAAGCAGCCAUUUUGCAGGGAGACCAGGAGAUGGGGUCGUAGGAGAUUUGCAAUAGAAGAUCCAUACAUGACAGGUCACAAUGUAUCAACUGUAUCCAGCGAUAAAGUUUUUGACUAUAUUAUACAUUGUAUGCAUACAUCAUUUGUGUACUUUGGAACACCUCAAAAAGGAAUCGAAAAAGAAGCAAAUAAUAGAUCCGUAAGCGAACCUAUUUCUGCCUCACAACAAAGACGUUCAAGACAAGACAGUGAUGAAGUUGAAGUUUAUGAGGAAGUAUCAGAUGAAGAUAGCCAAAAUGGCAAACCUGGAGCUAGAAAAAUAAGCUCUGAAAGAAAAGUACAGGAAUCAAAUGAUGACGACAUAUUCCAGAUGGAUGACUUGGAAGAUGGCGAGGGCGUGGCUGUUGGGGGUGAAGGAGGGGCUACCAAAACCCCAAGCAAGGAAAAAGAAAUAACUACUUUGGAAUAUAAGAUGAAAAACUUGAAUGUGGUAGGUCAAAGAGACGCGUCACGGAAUUCAAUAACCAAGACAAGUUUGGAAAAUCCAUCAAAAACAUCUCAUACACAUCUCAACAAUGAAUCAUCCAAUAACAUGGGAAUCACCAAAGCAGGAACCAAAAACCAAAUGCAAAAGCAAAUCAUUUAUGGGAUCAAGUCUGAGGUCUUGUCCGGAGGAAGGAGGCCAGAAGUUCAGUGUCAGGUUUGCAAGAAGGAUGGCCAUAUGUCGAGCCGAUGUCCUGAUCUUAGGAAACCAACACUAAAGGCCUUGCCACCUCUGAACUCAGGAGUGGUUGACUUGGUUACUAAUGUCUGCUCCCGUGCUAAAGAUUUGAUCGCGUUUUUACCAGAAGAAAGAAAGUUCAGAGAAUCAGUAUUGUGGAACCUUGAGGAAUACAUCCAAGAGGUCUUUCCAGAUGCCCAGUUGCACCUUUUUGGUUCAUCCAUGAACGGGUUUGGUUUUAAAGACAGUGACUUGGACAUCUGUAUGACACUAGAAGGGAAAUACAAAGAAGAGGUGGACUGUAUCAAUGUCAUAAACCAACUAGCCAAGAAACUAAAACAGCACAGAGACUGCAGUAACGUUAUUGCCAUAACCACGGCAAAGGUACCCAUCGUGAAGUUCUACCUUCGCAGUGUUAAGCGAGAGGCUGAUAUCAGUCUAUACAACGUACUGGCGCUUGAGAAUACUAAAUUGCUUGCCACAUAUGCACAACUGGACGAAAGAGUCGCCAUACUGGGAUAUACUCUCAAGCUAUUCGCUAAGGUGUGUGAUAUCGGCGACGCUUCUAAAGGAAGUCUCUCAUCAUACGCGUACAUACUCAUGCUAUUACACUUUCUACAAAAACGAGAUCCACCUGUCAUACCGGUUUUACAGGAACUUUAUGCGGGGGAUACCCAGCCACGUAACAUGAUUGAAGGCUGGAACUGCUGGUUUUAUAAUGACCUACAAAACUUGUCCAAGGUUUGGAAAUCCAACAUACGAAACACGGAGAGUGUGGGGAGUCUGUGGAUAGGUUUUUUGCGGUACUUCACAGAAACAUUUGACUGGGAACAUGAAGUCGUUUGCUGUAGAAGAAGCAAAAAACUUACAAAGUUCGAGAGGAUGUGGACGCGACAUAUUUUCGCUAUCGAAGAUCCCUUCAAUCUCGAUCACAACCUUGGUGCAGGCAUCACCCGUAAGAUGGGCACAUUCAUCAGGAAUGCUUUAGCUCGUGGUCGAGAAAGAUUUGGUUCCACACCUCCAGUCCUCCCCUUCCWCAUCUUGAUCGAUUUCUACUUCCAUGUAGAUUUCCUGACAGACGGGUGUGAGGCACCCAGUGACCGAACAUGUCGUGUUUGCGGCCACAUUGGACAUAUCGCCAGAGAAUGUCCCAGGCUCAAGAAAAACCGAAGAGAAGAAAGAGAGAGGCUUCAAGAUCGCUCUAAUUUGAGCAAUCGGCCGUUCGCAAUGAUGAAUGCGAGUCCCCGUAAACGCGCGUCUACAGUUCCYAUUCAGAUCACAAGAAAGGAUACUGUCACAGAAAAAAAAGAGGAUCAUCUUGCAGAGUCUCUGCCCAGUGACCCUUUUCCCAAAGAUGCAAUGCGGGCUUCUAAACCCCCAGAUGGAAUCGAGAAACCAAGUAGUAUGCCCACGGGUCUUGACAAAGCUUUCUUGGAGAAACAASAAACAAAGUCAAUUGAAGCGGUUGCUUCAAUCCAAGGAGAUGUUCUUGGAGCCAAUACAUCCAAUGAGCAAUCUCAGCAUCAAGUUUCUCAACCCUCACGAAGUAACCUUGGACCUAAACCACAGGUUGAAGAUCAAUUCACUCGCGCUCCUAUGGAUCCAUUGCCACGCUCCUCUCACACAGACACUCAAAACGACUCUGUCACAUCACAUGCAUCAAAUAUUCCCCAAGAUACACCUCGACCAGGAUUUGGACCAGUAGGGCCAUCAGCAUUCACAAAUCCUAGUCUUCCUAGUAAAAACGUACCUUACGGUGUUCAGCUUUUACCACCGGAAAAAUUUAUGAGUCCACCAAAGGGUUCUAUUCAUACUCAUCCAGCAGGCUCACCACAUCAACCAUUUUUAUCACCACAACAACAUCUUGGACAACUUUCCGAUGAGGCAAGGAUAUCCAAUCAAAUCCUUCCUGGGUUCCCUGUGAUACCCUUACUGGAAAAUCCCUUAAAUGCCUGGACUCCUAUGCCACAUCUUGAACCACACUACCAUAGCCCGCCGGCCAGGAACAUUCCUGGACAACCACGCGAGAGGCCUAGAAGUGUAUCAGAGAGCAUGGCCUCUCCAGAUGCACAUCCUGAGCAUCGCAUACCACUAUCUAUAGGGAGUAGCCCUCCCGUACAUCCCGAGUAUCGUAUGCCACUACCUAUAGGGAGCAGCCCUUCUGUACCAAUGCCCCUUGGUAGUCCGCCGCAGGUCUUUAGGAGCUACAACGACAACCCAUUUUGGGGUAAUAGGGGAUUUCCUACCCAAAACGUUGGUUCACCAASCAGACAUCCUUCAUCACUACCAUCCAACUUUCCUAUGCCGCAUCCAACUAGGAACGUGGAUCAAGCUCAUUUCUUGAUGCAACAGCAACAGCAGCAGCCGGCACAGAGCCCUCCCCAACCACAACCAAUGAUGCCCAAGGCGUACGGCGGUAACAUGAGUCCCGACGUUUUUUUCAAGAUGGUAAAAGAAGCUGAGCAACAAAGUACUCGUCAAGUACAGAAUAGCCAAGAUGCACGACCGAAGCCAAUACCAUCGUCUGAUGCUGUGUUAAGUCAUCCAGUAGCAACUCCAAUUUUUAAACCACCCAAGACUGCAGACGAGAAGGAGCUGUUUUCUAAGCUCGACAAGGUUCGAGGUUUAUGGACCGGCGCCACACCGGAUAAUGGGCUUAACUACAAGACACAGACGAACAGUGGAAACGAUUACAUGAAAACCAUGCCAAGCCAAGAAAAAGAGAACAAUUUCAAGAAAGAGGUCAAAGGAAGCUCUCAUAAUGAUUUGCAAGAAGCUUACUUUGUACAGGAGAAACAGCCAAGAGAGAUUAGAAAUGAUCACGUGAGCAUAGGGUCACGUGAGCAGUUUGAUCAAGUGAGCAUGGAGCCACGUGAACAGGCUAACACAUCCUUGGGAAUCACAAUGGACGUUUCCGAAAGGACUGUGAAUGACAUAACCCCAGAUUCAAAAGCAACAAACAAACAACCACAGCCUCCAAAUCCCACUGAAAUAAAAGUCGACCAACCAAGUACGCAGAUUCUACCUCAAGAUAGAAAAAGUGAGAAGCCAUCGGAAGGUACCGCAAGCCCUGUACUCAAGAAGCAGUUGGAGGAUGAAGGGAAGAAGAAAAGAAACUCCAAAGACAAGACCAAACAGAAGCAGCAGCAGCAACAGCAGCAGCAAACAUCAACUGACACUUCCAAAUUAUUAAAAAAGAAGCAAGGACUCUUAGGAGACAAACCUGGAGAAUCUCUCGCCUCGGGAAAGAAACGCCAAGAAAAUCGUCCUAAUAAGAAUAUGGACGCRACUGACAGCUCAAGUUCGACCUCCUUGGGUGCGGGUUCUGAGUCUGAAACCGCGCUGUUUGAUUUAAGAUCUUACCAGAAGGCGUUUCCCUUGGGAGAUCUUGACAUGGAGACCAACUCAGACAGAGACGGUGGUGAUGGGUCAGUUCCCCAACCAAAGCCACACAAGAAACAAAACAGAAAUAAAAGCAAUGCCCGAAAUGGUCAAGAAUCUAGAAACACGGCAAGUGGUUCUCGGGUCGUGGAAGAGUCGUCAUCCUCGUCGCGAAGAGGGAAUAAGAAAGGUGGGUUCGGAGACAAAGGGGCUUCCUCAGCUGGAGAGCCUGCACCAAAACGGAGGAAAUCAAAAGAGGGGCUGCCUAGUGGUAUUCGAAGCAGCAAAGAAGAAUCUAAGGAAAAAGUAGGGAAGUCAGUGGAGAAUGGCAGUACGGUUGAAACAACACAGAAAAAAGAAAUAGAAACGCCGUCGAAGAAUUCUCGAGGCCCCAGAGAAAACAGGAACAGAAGGAAACAAGCCAAAGGACCUGCCUCAGAGGACAAAUCGGAGUCCUUUGAGAAAGUACCUGUGGAAAGCAGUGUUGCGCCAACACCACAAGGUAAAAAUGGAGGCACAUCAGCUUCAAAAACACCUAAUGUUCCCAAAGAAGAUAAAACCAGAGGACGAAGAAAGCAAAGCAAGGACUCACCCCCUGCUGGGAAAAGUACACCAUCACCAUCGCCUGAGAAUACAACUGGGACUAGCAGCCAGGUACAAAUGACACCAAAAAAAGGAGAAAAGAGUGGAACCCCUUCCACGACAACGCGAGGGACUAAAGAAGAAAAUGUUAAAGUUAUAGAACAAGGUAGAGGGGUGACUCCUGUUGCGAAGAAGGAGUCGCCUACUAGCCGGAGCGAAGAUUCUGGAGAAGACACUAAAGGGGGAAAUAGUGGUCCGAAACGUAAGAGUAAAGGGCGUGGUAGGGGUAGGGGACGAGGACGGGGGUACGAUACUCAACCUCAGCCAGGGCCAGGAACUGAUGCAAAGACUUCGCGGUCUGGAAAUGAGAAACACAAAGGAUCUCAAGAACCUCGAAAAUAAAGCCUUGUACUCGUUAGAUGAACAGAUGGGAGUUAAUCGAUCAUACCCUAUGGUUUUCCAUUUGACCAUGACGGUAAAAAUAGUCUGCAUACAUUAACGGUAGUAUAGACCUAUUGCAAUAAACGCUGUCAUCGCCAAAGGCGAUAGCAGGUCAUUCCGACAUGUUAAUGGUUUCGUUGAAUGAACACAAACAACAUCGAAUCAGUCUCAAAACUAAGGUCCAUGUUCUUGACGAGAAUAAGAAGCAGAAACACAAGUCAUUCCAGCUCUUCCUGGAUCUUGCAAUGACCUAUUUCCUAUCGCUUUUCUCCUAUUGCCUAUCUUGGCAAUGACAACGUUUUUUUAUAGAUAGGUGUAUGCGUUUAUAGCUUAUCACUAGUUAGUUUUAUAGCUAAUUUACUUAGGUUAAACAUUCUUCUGGGGCACUUAAUCAUUCGUAUUUCUUUCCCAUUACACGUUCCUUUUCUGAUUUGCUAAUAAUGGCACCAAAAAAUAAAACAGGAAUGAGAAAAAGUUACUUAUUUCAAAAGCGAGCUCAAUGGACUUUUAUCACGUGCCAGGGAUUUCCCCGCGUGACCUCGCAUUCAAGCGUUUCAGGAAGAAUUUACUCGUGGUUAAACAAGGGUUUUUAUUCUCUUCGGAAUAAACAUGGCACCUUGUGAUAAAAGGCCAUUUUAUAGACCUUUUGCAAAGUCGCUUGAAUGACCACGAAACAAUGAYCCCAAGUCGAGGUUGGAAAUGAUGAAAUACAGUAAAUGUAUGAACACAUCACGUCCAACCUCGACAUGGAGUCAUUGUUUCGUUGUCACUCAAGCGAAUUAAGGAAAGAUCUAUACCGUAGGUUUUUUCAUGAGUUCGAUAAACAUGUUGCAUUGUGGUCUAGCUUGGGUACAAACAACACCAUGUAAGGCUUGAUGAACAAGAGAUGUUUGUUUGUUUUUAGACCACCGUGCAAUAUCUUCGCUUUCUCAGAAAAAAAAUGGCCUGUGGAACAUAGGGUUUUCCUUGUACCCUAACUGGAGUUUUCUCUUGAAAUCCCUUCAUCGAGAGUUUUCCAACAUUUUUCCAAUUCCACACCCUUUUGAAAGUGAUUCUCAUUUUAUAACGGGCUUAAAAAGACCUUCAAAGUAUUUCAUUUUAAAAACUUUUUUUUCUUACGUAGCCAUUUAAACAAAACAAAUUGCAAAGCUUAAUUUAUAAUGUCAGCAGUUUUCGUAUGACUGAGAAAAGCUGGGUUUCAAAUGCUUGCCUUUUCGCUACCCUGAUGUUUUCUAGAAUAUUGAUUGGCAGUUGUUUUCUUGUGUUUGGUCUGGCAGUGCCGUGACAUUGGCGUGACCGUGUCCAAGCCGUGUUUCGGGCAUUUGAUUGGAUGGAGAGUAAAUUCUAGUGCAAUUUGAUUGGUCUGGCGUAUGCCUUGCCGUGUCACGAUCGUGAGCGUUUCACAGUCAUAUGAAAACUACUCUAUUCAUUAUGCAGUCAAAAUGUAUAACCAGUGCAUGCACUUCUGCUAAGGCUAAGGUUUACGGAGUAUACAUUAGAAACUAAAUGAGUAACGAGCCAAUUUCUGUUGAUCAGCAUGUGAAUUAGGCUUAAUCUCGAUUCCUUCAUAGGAUUGUACAAUAAUUACCGCAGGUGAUGAUUGGUAAUUACGUAAUAUUUCAAAGCCGACAAUGAGGACUGGACGGGAUUUCAAGUCAAAGCAAUUAAUUGCGCGGACUUGAAAUCCCGUCCAGUCCGAUAUUGGAGGCUUUGAAAUGACUU